AUGGAGACGGGUAGGCCGAGGGAAUGUAUUCUCAAGGGACACGGAUGGGCCGAGGGUAAAAAGUAUAGACAUUGGUAUAUAGAUAUACUACUAUAUGGGACAUUAUAUGUAAUGAAUACGGGAUGGGCCGAGGCCAGUUACUGGAGAGGAAUGGGCCAGGCGCAGAGGAGGAAACAGAUGGGCUGGGUAUACAGGUUGUCCGGAUGGAUGUGUGUACCCACCUCAUAUGGAUGGGCUGAGGCUGAUUACUGGAGGGGAAUGAGUCAGGUGCACCCAAGGGAAACAGAUGGGCCGGAGGAAUGUGUACCCAGGGCGGAUGGGUGGGCCGAGGGCAUAAAGUGGUUUGGCUGGACAGAUGUGUACCUACCUUACACGGAUGGGCCAAGGCUGGUUUCCGGAGAGCAAUGGGCCAGAUGCAUAUAUGAGGAAACAGAUGGGCCGGAUGUGUGUAACCAGGGCAAACAGAUGGGCUGGACGUAUGGCAAAGGGGUGGGCCGGGGUAUUGUGUGUACCCAUGGCAAAGGGGUGGGCUGGGGUAUUGUGUGUACCCAUGGCAAAUGGGUGGACCAGGAUAUUGUGUGUACCCAGGGUGAACGGGUGGGCCGAGGGUAUAAACUGGGUGGGCCGGGUAUACAAAUUGGCUGGAUGGAAGUGUACUUGCACAUGGAUGGGCCAUGUGCAAAUGGGUGGGCCGGGCAGAUUAUCUACGACAAAUGCAAUGUAGAACGAAACAACUAA